UGCAGCUUUUUACUUGAUGGUGAAGAUGGUGAGGGAAAACUACAGAAGACAGAUGACAAAUUGAAACAAAUGGUUGCAAUAUACAGUUUGACUCAAAGUAAUGCAGAAUAUGUUCAAAAAAAAUUAAGUAAAUGCAUCAAAUGAACUGGUGAAUAGCUAACAGUGAAGAAAUAACAGAUAACAAAAAGUAACACAUAAUUAAAGAUGAAAUACAUAAAGAGCGAAAGGGGCAUGCAUCUGAUAGACGUUGAAAUUAAUACAUUAAUAAAUGUCAGUAGAGGUAAAAGCAGUUAAAAGUGGUUGAAACAUCACACAAGCAAAGUGACUUUGUCACUGCAAAGUGAAGAAAAUGUAGCCAACCACCGUCCACUUGUCAUCAUUUGCAUAUCUGAAUGCAUGAAUCUAGCACUGUGAACGGAAAGCAGUCAUUUAUAAUGUUGUGAAUUAAAGAAAGAAGUCACAAUCUGAAAGAAUUGUAUUGCUUUAAAACAUGCUGUAAAAGCGGUGUCUUUUUCUUUUAUGUGUCACAUCUAGUGCUCAACACCAGGGUGCUUAACCUCAACCAUCAUGAACACACCUAUGACUAAUGUUAUUAAUUACACAUGACCUUUUCCUGCCGUGGCUUUAAAAUAAAGUGCCGACCUUGAAAAAGCUCUGUCAUACUAAACAACAUCUGCAGAGCAUCAGGGAAACUACACGUGAAACAAUACACCACAAAUUAUGACCACCAUCAGCAGCAUUUAAUGACAUCAUAUGCCUGUUAAUCUGGAGACCUUUUUGUUUAAGAAUUAUAUUUUCUUUCAAUUAUGCUGCUAUCCCGAGAAGUAAAUACAGAAAAAAACUGCAUGUGAUGUUAUUUAAAUAUCUACCCAAAAGGAAGUAAUUAACCAACUAAAGAAAAAUCAUUUUAAGACAUCGAGGGACGUCACUUCCGGGAUGCAGGGGAGAGCAAAAUGACUGCUGGUUUGUUUUCAUCAACAAGGGGAAUUCAAAGUAGACAUUAAAGAGUCAUGUGGUGAACGCGCUCCAAGUGCUCCCUUUUCUGGUCUGUGCAGAGCAAGGCUGACCAAAGGGGGACCAGCGAUUUUCCGGAGACAUCUGUCAACCCCACCAGCCGCUCUGGAGCCAUCAGUACGGAAAACGAGGGAGUCAGUGAGCAGUGACAGUGGUCAAGUCAAGGUCUCUUCAGUUGAAGGGGAGGCUGCUCAGCGGGAAGGAGCCAUGGAUCCACCAGAGGACGGGGACGGGCGUACCUUUGUGGAGGUGAUCAGUGAAAAGUACAGCCCAGAGAACUUCCCGUACCGUAGAGGGCCUGGUAUGGGGGUGGUGGUGGUGCCUGUUGCAAUUCCCCAAGGAUCCCCUUUGAAAGACCGUCUGAACCUGCCCAGUGUGCUGGUGUUGAACGGCUGUGGGAUCCGCAGGGCAGGGGACCAGGCCGGGAUUGCUGCCUUCUGUGCCCAUGUCAUGGAGCUGGACCUGUCUCACAACAAGCUGAAGGACUGGCAUGAGAUCAGCAAAAUUGUGUCCAACAUCCCCAAUCUGGAGUUUCUCAACCUGAGCUCCAACCCUCUGGCAGGACUGACCCUCGAGCCGAGGUGUGCUGAAGCCUUCUCCCGGGUCCGACGCCUUGUCCUCAACAACACUCAAGUGUCCUGGGACACCCUGCAGCUGCUCACUCGGGAGACACCUGAGCUGGAGGAGUUGUUCCUGUGCCUUAAUGAGUACAGUAGUGUGAGUGCCUCCAGUGUAGCCUGUCCCACUCUGCGCCUGCUUCACAUCACCGACAAUAACCUACAAGACUGGGCUGAAAUCCGCAAGUUCGGCUCCAUGUUCCCCAGUCUGGACACUCUGGUCAUGGCCAACAACAACUUGGCCUCCAUUCAGGACAGCAAGGAUAUUCUACAACGGCUCUUCCCUAACCUCCGCAGCAUCAACCUGCACAACUCAGGUCUCAACCAAUGGGAAGACAUUGAGAAGCUGAACUUCUUUCCUAAGUUGGAGGAGGUGAGACUGCAGGGCAUUCCAUUACUGCAGACCUACACCAACGUGGAGCGCCGCAGCCUCAUGAUAGCACAGCUUCCCUCGAUAUCAAUGCUAAACGGCAGCGUUGUGACUGAUAGUGAGAGAGAAGAUGCGGAGCGGUUCUUCAUCCGUUACCACUCAGACUACCCUGAGGAGGAGCUGCCUUAUAGAUACCACUCCCUGGUAACCAAGUAUGGAAAGCUGGAGCCGCUUGCUAAGAUUGACCUUCGACCUCGCUGCAGCGCCCAAGUGGAGGUUCACUGUGAGGAGAAAGUUGAACAGCUGAGGAUCCGUUUGGAUCAGACUGUAGCUGAGCUGAAGAAGCAGCUGACCACGGUGGUCCAGCUGUCCACCCACAGCAUGAGGCUCUACUACAUCGACAAGUGCAGCGCCUUCGGUCCAGAGGAGAUGAAGUACAACACCCGGGCUCUCCACUCCUACAGCAUCCAAGAUGGUGACGAAAUUCUGGUGGUGCCCAAGAUCAAGUGAACAGCUAGUGUCCGGCUGUUUGAUGGGAGUGAAUUGAUGUACUGGAUAUUUGUUUAUUGGUUAACUGAAAUUGCGAAAUUAAUUGGAAAACACUUAUGGAAUAACAGCGACGGCCCACUUUUUGGAACGGACAGGGAAUCAAGUGAGAAAGUAUGAAAGCAUCUAUGAGACGGUACAGUGGACUGCAUUGAGCUACUUGGAGGUCCUGGCUGGAAAAUGGAGCCAGUCAGGAGAGAAUUAUGUCUUUGUUUAUUUCAGCUUCAUCUGAGGGAGACCACUGGAGUUAGUGGACAGAUACUGGAGAAGAAUAGGCUGAGAGAGCAGCUAGCUGAAGCUAGCAGCUCUAACAGAGGGUAAGGCGCUGCUGUACCAGCAAAGCUUCGCUCCAGCUCCAUCUCUUAGCACCGUGGCACCUGCAUAGGCAAGAAUCCAACACCACUCACUUGCCCACUUGUCGCUAAAGCUGCUCCGGGCAAUAGUUAGGCAGAGUUGCUGAGUGGAGAGGGACUGCUGCUCUCAUCUGCACUUUUACCUUAGGGACAAUAUCAGGAAGAACAGUAGCUGUUAGACGAGAAGUCCUGCCUAACGCACUGUCACAUGCAGGGUUGAUGAUGAAACUUGUAUUUUGCGUUGGCCUCGGUUGCUGUUGUCAGGUUGAGUUCUCGCAUAUUUUUGUGGCUAAUUGCCAAAGUUUGAGGAUGUUGUAUAGUAUUCACAAGAAGUAAAAAUUACACAAUAUUGUUUCCAGAGCUAUAGCUAUAUUCAAAAAUCAUUGUGAAAAUGAAAGAUAAGGAUGACUUUAGAUGCUUAGGGGCAUGUUUAUGGCUUUCACGUUUAGGGGAAUGGGAUUUCCACAAAAGGAUUCUUGGAAUUACAUCAGCUACUGUCCUUCUCCAAAAUCCCAAAUGUAUGAAUAUGCAAAUAUUCCUUAUUUAUAACUUGACACAAAUUGUCAACUUUCCACAUCACACUACCUUUACUCUGGACCAGGGUUGCCCGCCGCAAUUGUGUUAAAGUGAGAUUCCAAAAGGAACAUGUGAUUACUGCUGUCUACUAGAUCAAACGCCCAAGUGAAGGCAGUAAAUAAAGCGGUUUAGAGUGGUACGGGAUUAUAGAUAUAGAGGAAAUAGAUGAAGCAGGUUUUGGGAAACGUAAAAGCAAUCACUACUUUAUAAAAAAAUGCCUUCAGCGGUGGAAUGAUCACAUGUUUAUGGCGUCUCACAACGUAAAUACACCUUAAAGUUUACAUAGUUUGAUGUUUUCCUUUAUCAAGAAGAUUUGAUGUCACUGUGUUUCUACUGUUUGCACAUGUAAUUGCUCACACAUGCCAACACAGGUUGUCACAAAGCGGCUCUUGUGUAACGCUUGUAAUGCUAUGUGCUGCCCCCUUCAGGCCUCAUUGUGUCUCUGCAGCUGCACACCAGUGGUAUGAGGCAGCAUGUGCACAGUCUACACUUGAAAUAUUACUGAUUAUACUCAAACUGCAUAGUUUCGAUUAUAAUGGUCGGUUUAAUGCUAUUUUAAUUGUGACCUUUUAUGCCUUUGUUUGACAGUUGAUAGCUGAGAGGAGAGAGCAAAGGGCAACUUGGCUUUGGCCACAGUUUUGGUUGCAGUUGCUCCCAUAAAGUGAUACAAAUAGAAUAAAAUAACAGUAUAAAAAUAUACAAAGAAAUAAAAGAUGUAAGAUGCAUAAAAACAAAAUCUUGCACAAAGUAUUUACAAUUAUAAGAGAGUGGUUACAUUAAGUUAUAGCAGAGUUAGUUGAGUAUGUUGAGAGUUUUAAGGUUGACCAACACUCGGCAGGAGGAGUCAUAAAGUUUGAUGACCUCCUGUGGCACAUAUUUUUUAUUUUUUUUGUAUCUGAUUAUAGAUCCCAAUGAUUUAUUUUUUGCUUUUCAUAAAGAACCAGUGUGCAGGAUUUAGCAGAAUCCUUUGCAGAAGUGGAAUAUAAUAUUUCUGGUAUUGAUAUUCUUAAAGACGCAGGGUUCAGAGGCCCUUUAAUGUUUUUAAAGGCCCUCUGUAUUUUUUUGGCCAGCAUGUGUGUGUGUGUUUUUUUUUUUUUUAUUUGGAGAGGGAUGAAUAAGGGGAGGGUAUCAGUUGGCCUUUCAGAGUGAUCAACAAUAGCUAAUGCCCUUGCCGAUGUCAAGAGAAGAUGUUUGGUUCAAGAUGUCUUGGCGUGUUUGUGCACACUGUGACCAGAUGACCGGCAUCCAAAUGUCUGGCGCGGUGCCCGUUCAGAUUGGGCCGAUUGCAGAUCUUUCCAAGCAGCUACAAUCUACACGCCACAGGUGAAUGUCAGCCCUGCCUUUCUUGAAAACCAUAUUACAGCAACAGCAUUACCGAUUGUAUUUUUUAUGUGUUGUUGACAUUCGAAGCUGAGUCUCACAGGGUGACAGCAGGACAAUCUGACUGCAGAGAACAUAGCCCCACCCUAAUAUUAAUUUGCUUUCUAUCUGAAGACUCACUGCUAGAUUCCACUAAAUCCUACGUACUGAUCCCUUACAUAAGUUGCGUCAUUUCUUUAUUUACUUGAGGCCUCUUCUUAUGCACCUUCAAGUGCUUAAUUAACGUGCUGUCUUUGAAGUUUCUUUAUAUAUAUAUAUAUAUAUAUAUAUAUAUAUAUAUAUGUACGUAUUAUCCUUGAAUUGAUCUCAUUUACGUGCAUUUAUUUGCACCUUUGAACUGCACACACAUAUAUAUAUUAUUAUACAGUGAAACAUUCCCUAAUGUCAGUGUUUCACCUGCCACAAGUUAGCCUAUUGUACAUUUUAGUCUAUCCUGCACAGAAAUACUCUCACCAAAGAUAGCUCACUAUGUUAGUAUUAUCAUCAGAAUGCGGACUAUGUACAGCGUGCAUUGAUUUUAAUAUAAAGCCUCCGUCGUGUAUAAAAAAGGAGAAUAGAUGUUAGCUGUUCGGUGCUAUCGAUUUUUCCUAUAGCAAGCGGCUUAGCAGAGUAGAGGAUUCCUGACAUAGUGCUAUGGAAACAGCUGGAACAUCUAGCCACAAAAUUAAAUAUUUAAAUAUAGUGACUGUCUGGAAACUAAUGUCUGUCUGGGCUGUAGCUCCGGUUCAUCCACAGGGCUCAGCUUUUGCUUUGGACUGUUUUUAAGUAUGUACAUGCCACAACUUUUCCCUCCUAACUACAGUAUACCAGGGUUGAUUUUAUAACACUACUGCAAUACUUGAAUAAGACAUAGAUAUAGAGUAAGUAUGAAGCAAACCUUUCCCCCAGUACAGUAGUGCUGAAUAAAUGUUAUUGUAGCAUGAACCACAGCCAUAGAGACCAGCACAGUGCAGCGCUGGCGUCAACAUCCGAGUCUGGACUGAAGUGUUUCGCUCCAGUGUCUGCGCUGAUCAAUGUGAGGUUUUGCUUGGAGCGAGAGCAUAUAGUAUGUGAUUGUGUGCUGGGUGGGUUACUUAAAUGUGUGCAUGUCAUUUAUGAAAUGACUUUGUGUUUUCAAGGGAAAGUGGUCGCCAUGCCUGCUUAGAUUUACGUAACCGUGGGCAAAAUGAUGGAAGUGUGUUUUACAUCAAAGAAGUUAUGUAAAUGUAUUGUUGGACUGAUUUUGACUUUUUUUUUUUUGAAUAAUGUGGUAUUUAGUGUGAAUUCUGCAUCCUGUCUAACAUCAAAUCUAUAAUUUUAUUUGUUGACUUUAAUUUAGGGUGUCACUCUAAAAGAAAAGUAACAAAUGUCCCCGUCCUUUAUGCUCAGAAGCUGCUAAAGCAUUUCUGGGCCUUAAAGGGAAAAAUUCCACCUUAACACCCUUUAAUAUUGAUUGACAAUGCACUGUACAUUUUGUUCAGUCAGUCCGUUCUUGCAUUACUCAGACUUUCUCGAGUCACCUUUUAUUCAUCACUCAACGCUUUUCUCGGGAGACAUCCUUUGACAGAAACACAAUAACUCCACCAGCAGUAGUCUCAAUCGACCAGAAUGCAGUACAACCAAGGGAUAUGUGAUUGUUUGAGUAAGAAGUGACUCUCAUUUGCUGUUAAUUUAUGGAUUUGCUGUUUUCACAUGUAACCCGGAGAUGAAUAUGAUAUAUAAAGAAGUACUUCAGUGUUUUGGGAAUUACACUCAUCUGCCUUCUUGCCGAGAAUAAGAUAAAAGUAUCACUCUGUCUUUAUGCCUAAUAUAAGUCUACAGCCAGAGGAUGUUAAGUAUUAACGCCCCACAGGUAGCCUGGCUCAGUCCAAAGACAACAUAAGAAGCCCGUUUAGCAGGUUUAGGGUUCACUUAAUCACUUAUUUAGUAAAUCUGUGCGUAGGAAUAUGACAGUUUGCAGCCUGCUGUCCAGUAUGUUCUCCCUCCAGUAAUUCUCCAAAUCAGCCUGUAUCAGAACCCCCCCUUAAAAUCACAAAGUAAUGUUUAUACGCCGUAGUGGACAGUAGAUUUUAUUGCUUCAGGACAGAGUCGAGCUAGUAGUUAUCCCUUCUUUUAAGUCUUUCUGGCAAGCUUAGAUAAUAUGCUGUUUCUGGCAGCUGCACACAUAGAGCACAGACAAGUGCAGGCGUGUAUUACUUGAUAGGUUGAAAUGUAAGGGAGUCCAAUAUUGAAAAUUGCUAUUUGAACACCUCCUGCCGUUAAAUCAAGUGUAACCCAUUAACUCCAGCUCCUCUGAAUAAAUGUAGUCUGUUCAUAUUAUAAUAAGAAACUGAAAAAAAAAAAAAAAAGAUGUUGGAUAAAUUCUCUAAAUGUUAUGCCUGCGUUCAACGUCAUUCUGUUAAAUUAGAACUUGCCUGCUGAAAUGGUGAUAAUCCAUGCACUGAAAAGCUCACAAUUUCCUUCGCUUUGUUAAAUGCUCAACACGUCAUGCUAGACAUCUGGCAGCUUUAGAACAACACGUCCUGUUUGAAUGGAAACCUGUGAAGACGAAAUAGAUACUUGCUACUCUGGAUAUAUCAGUAAAUACACCGCCUGAGUCAUCAUCUGCCUCUAAAAGCAGUGCACCACAGCUCACACGGGUCUCAGAAGGCUAUGUUUGUCUUUGAUUAUAGUGUAAUAGAUUUGGGUUGGAUUAAAUGGGCUGCAAGUCCAGGUUUUAUCCCUGCUCAGUCUUUUACACCAGUAUUUAAGCUAGUCAGAUCAUCCAAAUAUACAGUGUAUACAGUAACACAGGACUGUUUAUAAUCUGUGGCAUUUAAAGCAAAUCACUUUUUUUUUGUAGGAACCUAUGUGAAGUUAAAUGGACUUGAAUGAGUCAUCUUUCUUGAAAUGCAGAGAAAGAUGUGUCACAGAAAGGUAAUAAAUGGCAGUCUCCCUCC